AUGGCAGCUAAAAAACAGCGUAACACAACGGGGCAAGCCCCAGCAGUUGACACCCCGGCAGCAAAAACCUCCCUGAGAAGGUACUUUGCCGAACAGGCUGACCCGCACAGACGGGACAAAAUGGCGCCCGCAGCACAAACACGCGGGAGCCAGCCAUCAAGCCCGACGGCAUCAGAGGGUUCCACUGAGGAUCAAGAAAUCCGGACCCUGCUAACACAACUGCCCUCAAAAGCAGACCUGGCAGCGAUGUUCCAGAAACUGGAGGACAGCUUCAGUGAGAAACUGCAGGCAGUGGCAGCGGACGUGCAACAGCUUGGAGCCAGAGUACAAGACCUAGAGGAGGAGGCAGAACACAUCAACAAAAGAGGGGCUGAAGCCUAUGACACCCAGGAAACACAUGCAGAGGCAAUAAGGUACCUACAAAGGAGGCUGGACGAUGUAGACAACAGGGGACGCCGAAACAACCUACGGGUGAGGGGAAUCCCGGAAAGCGCGGAGGGUGUAACAGAAAACCCCACACAGGUUCUAACCACCCUCUUUAACCGCAUCCUAGCCAGACCUAAAGACACAGCCAUCACCUUUGACAGGGCUCACAGGGCAGCUAGGCCCAGAAACCUCCCUCCGGAUAAACCACGAGACCUCAUCUGUCGCAUUCACAACUUCCCCUUAAAGGAAGAAAUCUUCCGUAAAGCCCGCCAAAACAAAGAUCUAACGAUAGACGGCCAACCGGUAACGAUCUUUCAAGACCUGGCUCCAUCCACGUUACAAGCAAGACGAGCCUUGCGGCCUAUCACACAGGCCUUGCUAGAGAGACAAAUAAAGUUCAGAUGGAACUUCCCGUUUGCACUGACAGUCAACCUCCAGAACAAAACCCACACUAUUACCUCACCAGAGGACGUUCCUGA